AUGGCCUCACGUACAUUCUCAAGAGCGCUCCGCUCGCCAAUGGCAAGACAGCUGGCUGCUCCAGCUCGUCGCACCUUUGUCUCUGCCAUCAAUGCCUCUGCGAGACCAGCUGUCCGCGCGGUGGUGGCUUCAUCUCAACAGGUCCGAGGUGUGAAGACAAUUGACUUCGCCGGCGUCAAGGAAGACGUCUAUGAGAGAGCUGACUGGCCUCCUGCCAAGCUCCAGGAAUACUUCAAGAAUGACACAAUGGCAAUCAUCGGAUAUGGCUCGCAAGGCCAUGCCCAAUCAUUGAACAUGCGUGAUCAAGGUCUCAAUGUCGUGGUCGGUGUCCGAAAGAACGGACAGUCAUGGAAGGAUGCCCAAGAAGACGGUUGGGUCCCAGGCAAGACCCUCUUCGAGGUUGAUGAGGCCAUCUCCAGGGGCACAAUCAUCAUGAACCUGCUCAGCGAUGCUGCCCAGAGUGAGACCUGGCCUGCUAUCAAGCCUCAAAUCACCAAGGGAAAGACUCUGUACUUCUCCCACGGUUUCUCCCCGGUUUUCAAGGAUCAAACCAAGGUCGAUGUUCCCGCGGAUGUCGAUGUUAUUCUCGUUGCACCCAAGGGAUCUGGCCGAACUGUCCGAACGCUCUUCCGUGAGGGCCGUGGUAUCAACUCCUCCAUUGCCGUCUUCCAGGAUGUCACUGGCAAGGCUAAGGAGAAGGCGAUUGCCCUUGGUGUCGGUGUUGGCAGCGGUUACCUCUACGAGACCACAUUCGAGAAGGAAGUUUACUCCGACUUGUACGGCGAGCGUGGUUGCUUGAUGGGCGGUAUCCACGGCAUGUUCCUCGCUCAAUACGAGGUUCUCCGUGAGCAGGGCCACAGCCCCAGCGAGGCCUUCAACGAGACCGUCGAGGAAGCCACCCAGAGCUUAUACCCAUUGAUUGGAGCUAACGGCAUGGACUGGAUGUACGAGGCUUGCUCUACAACUGCUCGUCGUGGUGCAAUUGACUGGAGCGGUCGCUUCAAGGAUGCGCUGAAGCCCGUCUUCAACGAUCUAUAUGAUUCCGUCAAGACCGGAAAGGAGACCGAGCGAUCACUCACCUUCAACUCCCAACCCGAUUAUCGUGAGAAGUAUGAGGCGGAGAUGAAGGAGAUCCGUGAUCUGGAGAUCUGGAGGGCCGGAAAGGCUGUUCGUUCUCUCCGCCCCGAGAACGUGAAGUAA